CACGGUGACGUCACAGCCACGCCGCCGCCUGGUUGGUCCCGCGGCCGCCCGUCCCGUGGGGGGCAGCGCGCGGCCGCCGCCGGAGGCCACAGCGUAGACUGGCUCCUGGCACCACUGAGCCAAACUGGAUUUCCACCAGUGACCUGGCAGCGGUGAGUCCCGUGUGGCGCGUGCCCUCGCCAGCAUGACCAGCGAGGUGGUGGAGAACGAGUUAGAGUUUUACUCCAAGGCAGAGAAGUACUGGAAGGAUGUGCCCGCCACGGUGGAUGGCAUGCUGGGGGGCUACGGCCACAUCUCCAGCAUCGACAUCAACAGCUCCAGGAAGUUCCUGCAGAGGUUUCUGCGGGAUGGCCCCAACCGGACGGGGACAACCCGUGCUCUGGACUGCGGGGCUGGCAUUGGCCGCAUCACCAAGCGGCUGCUGCUGCCCCUCUUCAAGACAGUGGACAUGGUGGACGUGACAGAGGACUUCCUCACCAAGGCCAAGAGCUACCUGGGCGAGGAGGGCAGGCGGGUGCGCAACUACUUCUGCUGCGGCCUCCAGGACUUCAGCCCUGAGCCAAACUCCUAUGAUGUCAUCUGGAUCCAGUGGGUCAUUGGACAUCUCACUGACAACCACCUCUCCGACUUCCUGAAGCGCUGCCGUGCCGGCCUGCGGCCCAACGGCAUCGUGGUCAUCAAGGACAACAUGGCCCAGGAGGGUGUGAUCAUGGACGAUGUGGACAGCAGCGUCUGCCGGGACCUGGACGUGGUCCAUAAGAUCAUCCGCAGAGCUGGGCUGCACCUCCUGGCCGAGGAGCGCCAGGAGAACUUUCCUGAUGAGAUCUACCACGUCUACACCUUUGCCAUGAGAUGAGGGCAGCGGGAGAAGGUCUCUCCCGUGUCGUGACUCCCCUUCCAGGGGCUGGUGACAAGGACGGGACUUUGUCUUCCAAGUUGCUGCUGUUUGUGAAAAGAGGUGUUUGCCAAAUACAUUUUCCUGCUGUUGCACGUGA